GCGGUCACACACACUCACACACGCGGCCAGCAGACAUGGGCCAAAUUUUCAGCUGGAUCCGAGGCGCACGAGACACCCCUGCCCUGCGGGAUGUAUCUGUGGAGGCCCAGUCUCAGUCCAAACAGACCACACCUACCCCAGCAGCACAGGUCUCCACAGUGAAACAGGCACAGUAUGAGAAAGGAAGCGCUUCCACCACGGCAGCCGCGGUGGCAAAACCUGCCGCGUCAGCGACGCCUGCUGCCACUACCACUGUCACUGCCCCUGCCACUACAACCGCCACUACAACCCCUUUGAAGACCAGCACCUCAUCUACGGCUGCCGCCACCACCGUGGGAACCACGCCCACGGUUACGCCCACGGUUACUACAGUGGGUUCUACCGGAGCGGCUGGCAAAGCAGUGACACAGAAGGAGAGUCCUAAAGUGAAGCCUGAGGCUGGCUCUGUCUCUCCUGCCAAAGCUGCACCUGUAAAUCCUACUGACGGAGCAGCAAGUAAAGCAGGUGUAGUCGCUGGGGUGGAGAAAUCCUCUGCGGAUGUAGAGAAGCCUAAAGUUGCUUCGAAAGACGCUGCACAGAGCGCGUCCAUCCCUUCGAGCAAAUCAGAGCCAGCUAAGCAGGAUCCUGCUACUGCCGUUUCAGGAGCUGGGGCUCCAAAAGGGCCGGAUGUUAAGGCGAAGGAAUCAAAGGUGCAGGUUGAAGUGGGGCCCCCAGCGGCCAAAACUACUCCAGCCAAAGAUGCGUUUGACCCCCUUGAUGCCCUGGCCGGUACUCUGCCACCCUCAGAGCCUCUUGCACCCACUGCCCCCAUAUUCACCGGCCCUGAAGUCAAAGAGCAUGACAUCACUGCAGAAAAAGGCGUGUUGUGUGGGGAGAGGGAGAGCACACUACCACCAGGAUACAGAUUUGAAAACUUGGACAAGAAACCUGCUGGAGUACCAGAAAUGCCCAAAGAAACACCCAAGCCUAUGAGCACAGACGAGGCCCUGGACUCCCUGUCUGCUGGUUUCAUGUUAUCUCCUGCUCCAGCUGCGGAGAACAAAGAGACGAAUGUAGCGAGUGCAUCAGCUGGUUUCUCGAAUUUUGCCCCACCUCCACCUUCUUCACAGAAGAAAGCAGAAGUAUCGGUACCUGCAGCUGUCUCUAAGUCUCCUGCUCCCCCUGCUGACAAGAAAGCAAAGAUCGAGCAGCCUGCUGAUGACUUCUCUUUGGCAGCAGGACUGAGUUCUCCUCCUCCACAAACUGAGAAGCCAAAAACAGACAAAGGUUCCUCAAUGUCUUCAGAUGCUCUCAGCGCCCUGGAAGAUUUACUUCCUGCUGCCGAACCAACACCAGAACCACCCAAACUCAAACCUGAGGAGAUUGUGACGGAGGAGAAGCUGGCGUCUGAGAAAGGUGUGAGAGUGGGGGAGAGGGAAGACACACUACCACCAGAUUACAGGUUCUCAGAAGAGAAACUUAAAGACCUGCCAGCACCUAAGAAGGAGCCUUCCCUGGACUCUGAUGCAGCCCUGGAUUUGUUGUCUGGAGAUUUUACAAGCUCCUCUGCAGCUCCUGCUGUCCAGGCCCCCGUCCCCACUGCACCUCCUAAACAGCCAAGAGUGGAGGAUCUAUCAGCUCUUGAUGCCCUGGCUAGUGAUUUUGUUGCUCCCACACAAGCUCCAUCUAAGAUAGCUUCUGUUCCCACUGCUGCAAACACAGCCCCUCCAAGCAAGUCAGGACUGGCAACCGAUGAGGGUUCCUCAAUGUCUUCAGACGCUCUCAGUGCCCUGGAAGAUUUACUGCCUGCUGCCGAACCAACACCAGAGCCACCCAAACUCAAACCUGAGGAGAUUGUGACGGAGGAGAAGCUGGCGUCUGAGAAAGGUGUGAGAGUGGGGGAGAGGGAAGACACACUACCACCAGAUUACAGGUUCUCAGAAGAGAAACUUAAAGACCUGCCAGCACCUAAGAAAGAGCCUUCCCUGGACUCUGAUGCAGCCCUGGAUUUGUUGUCUGGAGAUUUUACAAGCUCCUCUGCAGCUCCUGCUGUCCAGGCCCCCGUCCCCACUGCACCUCCUAAACAGACUUCAACAGACUUUGCCCUAGAUGAUCUUGCAGCUGAUUUUGCAACCCCUACUGUUGCCUCUAAUGUUCAGUCAGCUGUGACAGGACCGGGUCAAACAGGCUGCCAGUUGUCAGAGGAUCCAUCCUCCGCCUUGGACGCCCUCUCUGACACCCUGAAGGACAUCGCCCCCGCCCCAGCGCCUGUCCCCGGCCCAGUAAAAGAUACCGCUCAGGAGAAGAAGGUGGUGGAGGAGAGAAUUGUUAAGAUGGGAGAGAGAGAUGAUAGUCUUCCACCUGAGUAUCAGCCCACAGAGGCGGACAAGAAAGCAAUGGCAGAGGCUAAGGCUAAAGCAGAUGCCACGCCCAAACAGAAAUCUAUGGAUGAUACAGAAGCCCUUGAUCUGCUGUCCAGUGAUUUCUCUGCCCCACCAGCCCCUGUAGCCCCUUCAGCCCCUGCGGCUGCAGCGGCCCCCCAGACAAAGACCUCCGUCCCCGCCGCAGACGCCUCCGUCGACCUCACGACAAAAGGCCCAGUAUUAGAUAAACUGGCAGGCACACUCAUACCAGGACCCCCUGAAGUGAAACAGAAAGAGAGCAAACCGAAGGGAAGGGGUGGCAAAACAAGGUCUAAGUCUAAGAAACAGGCAGUGGAAGACACAUCAGCCACGGGCCUGUCCGGUCAGAUGAGCACAGAUGUUGUAGUGACGUCCUCCACAAAGAAGGGUGGAAAGAGCUAGAUCUCAGAGGUUCCUAGCGAGCCAGACUCUUCCCCACCGACACAAGGAAAUUACAGUCGAGGGAGCUGCUUUUUUUUCCUCUUUUUUUCUUUUUCUUUUUC